AUGAUGAUAAGUAGCAGCAGCAGAAGAAGCAGAACAGAUAAUAACUCGCAUUAUGUUGUGAGGAAUUUUUCUUCUGAUAUUAAUAAUAGGGCGACCGAUAAUAAAUCGCAUUAUGUGGCGAGGAAUUUCUCUUCUGAUGAUAAUAAUAGGGCGACCGAUAAUAAAUCGCAUUAUGUGGCGAGGAAUUCUUCUUCUGAUGAUAAUAAUAGGGCGACAGAUAAUAAAUCGCAUUAUGUGGCGAGGAAUUCUUCUUCUGAUGAUGAUAAUAAUAAUAAUAAUAGGAGCAGCGUUAAGUCGCCCUGGCUUAUGCUCCCCCCCUCUGUAAAAUGCGGCAACAUGUUGUAUAAUUUUUACAAUUUGGCAGAAUCCAAAAUAGAGAGAAGAAGAUCAACAUUGGAAGGAGAGGAUAUUGAUGCCAAAUUUGUGGGUUCGUCUCACGGGUGGAUAGUUGUGCUGAACCGGCGCAACCACGGGCUGCUCCUCUGGAACCCCAUCACUGAGGUACGCAUAAACCUUCCAUCCCUCCUCACCUUGCCCGAUCCCCAAAUUAACUGCUGUGGUAUCGUAUCCAAGCUCAUACUCUCCUGCUCCCCGGACCACGAUGUAGAUCAAUGCCGUGCCGUGAUGAUUUUUGGGCCCUUUGAGAGGCUGGCUUUCUGCCAGCCUGGCCGCAGCACCCACUGGACCCCCAUCGGACAUUUGUAUUGGUAUGAUAAUUUGUAUUGGGAGGCAUUCGACGGCGACGACUAUGCCAGGCGGUACACCGAUUGCGUCUAUUCCACCACACGCAAACUCUUCUUCUGUUAUGUGAUGUGGAGAUUGGAGUGUUGGGAUCUUGGGGACCUCGAGUGCCCCAGAAUUUGUUGGUCGGAGAUUGUACGUUAUACUUCUGGGGUUGCUAGUGAACAAGAGACGAUGGCCCUCUCUUUUACCACUGGGAGAUAUCCGGAGGUGUCGACGCAGCAAUUCCUCGUGGUGGCAGAGCAGAUGAAUCAGCUUUUCCUCUUGAAUCAGCACGUAUGCUCACGGAUGGGCCCCGACGGUGCCUAUCGUCCGCAUAUCUACUUUGGUAAGUAUAGGGGUUGGGAUGACAAAUUCCCCCACCAAACCUUUUCUUUCGAUGUUUUUAAAGUUGACUAUAUUUCGGGGAAGCUUAUUAAGACUAGCGUGGAGGGUUCGCUGGAUGGGCUGGCAAUGUUUAUUGGCAAGAACCACUCCUUUUCCAUCUCCACACCAACCGACCAUGGCCUAAAAAGUGAUUGUAUUUACUUUACUGACAUAAAUAUACACCAGCCUCCAGCGGGCUCGAUGUUUGGGGGCCACGAUAUCGGCAUUUAUCAUUGCGUGACCAGAACAUUUUCUGAUUGCUUUUAUCCACGGGACACCAACAAAAUAAAGAAGAUUGUGCCUGCACCAAUGUGGUUUACUCCCAACGAGAACACGCACUAA